UGCACAACGCAAACGCAACGUCACUUAUUCAUUCGUAAAUCGGAUAGUCUGAUCCAUAGACAUUAUAGUGAGAAUAUACGCGUCUCUGUGUAUGGAACAUGACAUAAAGAUCGCGUCUCAUUGUAAAGCGAUAGAUUGCGAGGGGCGAUCAGCUGACCAGCAGCAUCCCUGACUGACUGCUACAGUUCUCCGUGUGGUCGUUUUAAUAAUCGAGCUGAGCUCCGCGUGUUAUGCUGCCGUGAGGGAAUUCAUGUGACGGAGUAGAAGCUACAGCACCAUGGCGGCAGAGAUUCAUCCCCGUCCGCAGACACGAAAGCCCGUCCUGCUGAGUAAGAUCGAGGGUUUCCAAGAUGUGGUGAACACGGCUGUGAUCAUCCCCAAAGAGGAUGGUGUUAUCAGCGUAUCUCUGGACAGGACAAUCCGUGUGUGGUUGAAGAGGGACAGCGGUCAGUACUGGCCCAGUGUCUAUCACACAAUGCCUGCUUCAUGUUCAUGUAUGUCCUUCAACCCAGAGACAAGGAGGAUAUCUGUUGGGAUGGACAAUGGUGUUGUGUCGGAGUUUGUCCUGUCUGAGGACUACAACAAGAUGACUCCUGCACGAACAUAUCAGGCUCAUCAGGGUGCUGUGACUGUGGUGUUGUUUGUCUUAGAGAUGGAGUGGGUUCUAAGCACAGCUCAGGACAAAAGCUUUACGUGGCACUGCUCAGAGAGUGGACAGCAGCUGGGCACAUACAGAACCACAGCAUGGGUGUCUGGACUACAAUUUGAUGUGGAGACCAGACAUGCUUUCGUUGGAGAUUAUUCUGGUCAAGUGACAAUCCUUAAGCUGGAGCAGGACAACUGCAGCCUGGUCACCACCUUUAAAGGCCACACAGGCAAUGUUACUGCUCUGUGUUGGGAUCCUGUUCAAAGGGUUUUAUUCUCUGGAAGUUCAGAUCAUUCAAUCAUCAUGUGGGACAUUGGGGGCCGUAAAGGCACAGCCAUCGAAAUGCAGGGACAUAAUGAUAAAGUGCAGGGUUUGUGUUACGCUCCACACACUCGUCAGCUCAUUUCCUGUGGCUCAGAUGGAGGAAUAGUUAUCUGGAACAUGGAUGUCACACGACAAGAGACCCCAGAGUGGCUAGACAGUGACUCGUGUCAAAAGUGUGAACAACCGUUCUUCUGGAACUUCAAACAGAUGUGGGACAGUAAGAAAAUUGGCCUGCGGCAGCAUCACUGUAGGAAGUGUGGCCAAGCCGUGUGUGGAAAGUGCUCCUCUAAGCAUUCCACUAUACCUCUCAUGGGAUUUGAGUUUGAGGUGCGGGUUUGUGACAGUUGUUAUGACUCCAUUACGGAUGAGGAACGGGCACCCACAGCAACAUUCCAUGACAGUAAGCACAGCAUCGUACACAUGCAGUAUGAACCAACCAGGGGCUGGCUGCUCACCUCUGGGACUGACAAAGUCAUCAAGAUGUGGGACAUGACUCCAGUGGUAUCUUGAAUGUUCUCAGCACCAUAAGCAUACAGGUACUGUGAAGGUGGUCAUUCUGGAAGCCGAACCAAGAAUAGUGUGUUUGUGACAAUGACAAAAGAGAAUGCUGAUAUCGCUUCCCAUGUGAAAAACACAAGGACGUCAUGAAGUGACAUUGAAAAGUGAUGCAUUGAAAAACAAAACAACAGAACUGAACAUGUGCAUUUGUGAAUGUGGGUAAUGGUAAAAGUGUAAAUAUGUUCUAAAUCUGCUUGGAUAUAUUGGGCCUUAUACAUAAAACAUGAACAGAACAACUGUGUGUAAAUGCAUUCUUAUAUAAAUUGUCCCAUUGAAUUGAAGAAUUUAUGUAAGAAUGGUUUUACUAAUGAUUUACACACAAAUUAGUUCUGCUCAUGAAUAAGGCCCAAUUUGUUUAAAUAUUUGAGGUUGUUUAUAUUGACAUAAACCAGUGUUGUUAUACAAUAUAUUGUCUGUGUCUAUAUUUCACUGUCUUAUACUUAAUUUAAUUAUCCUGAUAUUACAUCAUAGCCAGCUGGAACUGUUUUAUAUUUAAGUGCCUUCACCACAACUUAAUCAGUGGUCAGAUUUGGCAUGGGAAAAAGGUCUGUACAAUUGCUGUUUGGUCACAAUCCGUAACAUGUUAAAACAUAGGCACUUGUAGUUUUUAUUGGUAUAGUUUAAUGGGACAAUUAAAUAUUUAUUUGAUUAUAAGUGAUCAAUCAUGCUUCAUUUAAAACAAAAUCCUAAUCUUAAGAUCAAAUGUUUCAUAGACAUCUGAUUACUGUAAAAAAAAAAAAACACACACAGCAUUUCAUUCUUUUACUUCUUCGUCAGAUCAUAUCAUGUAAUUUGAAACAUCAUUUGACUUCUUUCCCCAGGCACCCUUUUUCACUGAAUGUUGAAUCAAGCAAUGUUUUCCUAAUCAGUGACUUCCCAUAGCACAAUAUGGACAUUUGGGAUUCCCAAAAAACACAAUAGCUGAGCGGAUACAGGGUAUGGGCAGAUAAUAAACUCCAUAUGAUAAAGAAGUUUAACUUUCUCCAUAUUUAACAAAAUCACAUUUUUGAUGACUAAACAGCAGUAUGUGUCUGCACUUUCACAAGUAUGAGAGAUUUCCAAAGAGGCUAAAUACAAUGAAUGAACUGUGGAAGGAUUUUGACUCAUUCAAGUCAAAUGAAAAACAUUUUUUUUUUUAAAUAAAUAGUAAUAAGGUUGAACUCUUUGCUGGCCUUGAAUGAAAAGCUAAUAGAUAUUUUUUUUUUAUUGAGAAGAAGCUUUUCUUGCUCGCAUACAAAUUCAGUAAAUUGUCUAUUGACCCAACUGACCAAAAAGUGUAUCUCGUCUCAGGGAAGAGAAACAGUAGUCAAGCAGUCUUUUUGAUCCUUUCUUUUACCUCUGGAGCAACCUUUUCUACUCAAUAUUCAGAACUAAGAACUUUUGUUUCUUUUUAGUGACUCCCAUCAGUGGUUUAUGACCCAACAUCAUAAAAGGCCUUUGUGACAGUACUUAAGUGUGAUUGAAAUUGUGAAAUAAAAGUUGUACAGAACAUGUCGCAGUCUGUCUGUUCUUAUUUCUGUCUUAAUUCAGCAGGUUCCUUUGUUGUUUUCUUUACACAAAAAAACAAAACAAAAAAGAUUCAUCACAGGUAGUUUGCCAUGUCCUCGCAACCAUUUUUGUUCAUAGAUAUGUAAUUUUUUCAUCUCUGUUCCCUUACUAUAUUGGCACUCAUUUUAUAAAUCCAGACUCACAAACAAUAUUAACUUUACCUAUUACAUUAAUACUAUUCAUAGAGAAAGAACAGUUUCAGUUCUGCAAUUGCUAAUUUCUAUAAAACAGAAAAUAGUAAACAAUACCUUGCGGCUUAGCACUUAUCCUUAGAUA